UGACGUCGCGGCACUUCCGUUGCUGUCAAGGGCACCGGGCUCUCUCAUGCUAGUUCACUAUCGGCGGCUAACAACCCACACGUGUGUUUCAACAGCUUUCAACUCUUCAAUUCUUCCAGAAACUUCCAUUUUUUUUAACGAUGGACGGGUUCGGUUCGGACUUCUCGGCGGCGGGCGGGGCUGGGGGCAAAGUGGACACCGGCACGAUAAUGGAGCAGGUGAAAGUCCAAAUAGCCGUGGCCAACGCACAGGAACUGCUGCAGAGAAUGACGGACAAAUGCUUCAAAAAGUGUAUAGGAAAACCCGGAAGCACACUGGACAACUCAGAGCAGAAGUGCAUCGCCAUGUGCAUGGACCGCUACAUGGACGCCUGGAACACGGUGUCCAGGACCUACAACUCCAGACUACAGCGGGAACGAGCUCGCAUGUGAACAGGCGGCCAUCUUGUCCUCCGUCCUCAUGCCCUUUGGUCAUCCUCAGAGGUGCGCCGACUCGGCAACUUUUUCUGACACGACCUGAGAACUGCAGCACAGCAGUGAACUCUUUUUUUUUUUUCUUUUUUUUUUAAGAAGUAAAUAUAUUUACUGUAUGAAGAAGUGUUGGUGGCAGUCAUUAGUAUCAAUACUUAUGUUUCUAGCCCUUUGAUAGGAAGUACUAGUGUGUUGAUGAAAGCAGACACAAUACUACUACCUACCCUGUACUACACCUCACAAUCUUGUAUAAAAAGUAAAUAAAUAGGAAUGAUGUCGUGCCACUGAAA